AUGGACUCCUUAAAACCACGUAUGGUGGAGUCUCCUUCACCAGGAUUGCCAACAAAAAAAGAAUUAAGUCCAAAGCCGAAUCAGGUGUCUACUGUUGUACUAUACGGGGUGCCCAUAGUUUCCUUGGUAAUAGAGAACCAGGAGAGGCUGUGCUUGGCUCAGAUAUCGAAUACCCUGCUGAAACAGUACAGUUACAACGAAAUUCAUAACCGACGCGUUGCCUUAGGUAUAACCUGCGUGCAGUGCACCCCUGUCCAGUUGGAGAUCCUCCGACGAGCCGGAGCCAUGCCGGUCUCCUCGAGGAGGUGCGGCAUGAUCACCAGACGGGAAGCGGAGCGGCUCUGCAAGAGCUUUCUCGGAGACAACGCCCCUCCACGUUUGCCGGAAGACUUCGCCUUCGCCGUACACCACGAAUGCGCCUGGGGGUGCCGCGGCUCGUUCCUACCGUCGCGGUACAACUCCUCCCGCGCCAAAUGCAUCAAGUGCACCGUGUGCGGUCUGUUCUUCUCGCCCAACAAGUUCAUCUUCCACUCGCACCGCCUCAGCCCGAACGACAAGUACGUGCAGCCCGACGCGGCCAACUUCAACUCGUGGCGUCGCCACAUGAAACUGAGCGGGUCGCCUCCCGAGGAGAUCAUACACGCCUGGGAGGACGUCAAGGCCAUGUUCAACGGGGGCACGAGGAAGCGGCUGCUGGCCAGUUCUAUAGUGUCGCGAGCUCCCAAGCAGAACAAGAUAGAGCCCCAGCCGCAGCCGAUCGUACCCUCACCGAGGAUCCCGAACUGCCAAGACAUCUCGCUGCCGAUUUCAAGGGUGGCCAUGGAUUUCAUCUACCACAAGCCCUUAGCUUUCUCCUCUUAUUCCUCCUUUCCCUGGCUGAAGCGGAACCCCAUUCUGUUCCCGCAGGAUAACCCGUUCUUUCCCAUCGACAAGACUUAUCAGUCGGCUUUUAAACCUGUGCAACCGGUGGUGGAAAGGACUGUCUCCCAAAAGGACGAGGAAAGUGACGACGAAGUCGAUAUUGAGACUACUGACGAGAAAACCGACUCGACGACCAACUGGGACCUUAAGGAGGAAAAGGCAAGUGACUCCACCACGUAUAUCUCACCAGAUGUUCCAGCACCUGCUCAAAGGGAGGAAAUGUCCGCUAUUUCACAUAAACUUUGGAAUCUCUCAAGGUUGUCUUUCGAUGGCACUGAUAGGACGAAUUUUUUAUACAGGCAGGAUUUACAUCGCCAUUUUUUAAUAGGAUCAAACGAUUCCUCCUCGAUGCUGAGAACAUCUGUUGGUAUGGCAAUGGGCCUCAAACCCAACGUUGACUGUUCUACUUGUCUAAACCACAACAACACGGUUUACCCAAGUUCUGAGAGUAAUAAUAAAAUAACUUAA